AUGAAGUCUGCUAUCGUGCUCCUCGCUGCGGCGACAGCUGUGUCUGCGCACUCGACAUGGCAGGACUUGUGGGUGGGCUCUGCAGACAAGGCGACCAGCUGCACGCGUGUUGUCAAGGACAACAACCCGAUCGACUCCCUCUCGUCGAAGGACAUGUUCUGCGGUCGUGGACCUGCCACGCAGUCCGGUGUCUGCGAGGUUGCUGCCGGCACCGCCCUCACCGUUGAGAUGCACGCCCAACCUGGCGACCGCAGCUGCAGCAACCCCGCCAUCGGCGGCAACCACUACGGCCCCGUCUACAUCUACAUGGCCAAGGUCUCGGACGCGAAGUCCGCGCAGUCCGCGUCCUUCUUCAAGGUCGCCGAGGACGGCUACACUGGCACUACCGCAUCCUGGGGAACCGAGAUCCUCAACGCGAACUGCGGAAAGCGGGCCUUUACCGUACCCAAGAGCCUCGCUGCUGGCGACUACCUCGUCCGCGCUGAGGCGAUUGCGCUGCACGCUGGUGCGGGGAACCCGCAGCCGUACGUGUCGUGCUUCCAGGUCAAGGUUACCGGUGGCGGUAGCGCGAACCCGUCUGGUGUCAGCUUCCCUGGUGCUUACAAGUUGAGCGAUGCUUUGUUCACUAAGGCCAUCUACGACUCUUCCUUCAAGUACGUCAGCGUUGGCCCAGCUGUGUGGACUGGUUAG